UUUUCUUAUAACAGUCUUAAUCAGUUAGUCGUCACUGUCUUGUGUAGUUGAAAAGAAUGCCUCUAAUCGUUCAGAUGUUAGUGCUUAGUUCUGUGGUAGCCGUAUCGUGGGCCGAUGUUGCUGAAAACUUAGCACUGUACCAGAAAACGGCCGACCGUUCAUUCACUGACAUACAAAAUAAUUUGAAUGCGCAACGUCAGGUGUACAACCAGGCAUUCGCUAAGUUAAAUGACGACGUUAAUCAAUCGGUGGACAUUAAAGUUCGCCUCGCCCGGGAACAAGUUCAGAACGAAUGCAAUCGACAAGUGGCCGAACUGACGCGUCAACUCCAGGAACUGACAAUUCGAAGCAAUUCCGAAAAAGUACGUCUCCAAGCGGAACUACAAACGCAAAGCCAGAACACCGAUGCACGAAUUGGUGAAAUGAGUAAAAAUCAUCAAAUCGAAUUAGCCCGUGUCCGUUCCGAAUUGAAUGCAAUCAAUGCACAGUCAUUGGACAAUUUGCGCCGACAAUUGGAAGGUCAAAUCAGUGUGGCUCAAAGUGAGGUCAAUCGAAUCCAAACGCAGCAUGAAUCUGCGUUGCAGAAUAUUCAACAGGAAUUGGAACUGACGCGUCAAGAUGGUGAGAAUAGCUACCGAAAUGCUCAACGAAAAAUACAGCAGUACGUUUGAAGUAGUUGCCACUUUUGAUGCUUCCUGCAGAGAGUGACAAUAAGUUCUUUGUGAACCCCAACCAAAUUUAUGGCGAAAUUUGCAUCACAUUUUCUUCAGCUGGCUGGUCCACUCAUGCAACCUCACUUCGUUAU